UUUUGUUGACAUUUGUACAUAUUUUACUGAUUUCUUCACUUUCUUUCGCAAUAUUCUUUUUUCGAAAUUUCGUUCAUUUUCCAUUUUUAAAAAUAUUUAAUUACUACAUGUUUAUUUUAAUUUAGUAAAACUCGUAAAAUGCUUUCACGCUUACUAAUCCAGCCACAAAAUCUUCAAUCUCUUCGUCAAUUGACUUUGUCAUCACUUCAGAAUGCACGUUCUGCCUUCCGCAGGGGUGGAUCUGCUUCUCCUUUUGGCCAAUUUACAGCAACAUUUAAGGAGGCAUUCGCUGCUCGACAAGCUGUUCCAUCAAUUCGUGAACGUUUGCUUGGUCCAACUACUGGAAAACCAUUCAUUUACGGAACAUAUGCAAUAGCUAGUGCUUCUGCUUUUGGUAUUGGAAUGCUUUGUUAUUAUGGACUGACAAUGAGUGCUGAAAGUGCUGUGGCCCGUUCUGUUCUUUGGCCUGAUUAUGUUCGUGAACGUCUACAUACAACCUACGCUUAUUUGGCCGGAAGUUUAACAAUUACUGCUUGUGCUGGUAUUACAGCGGCACGUAGUCCAGCAAUUUUGGCGUUGACUAGUGGCCCUUCUUUAUUUGUUUGGUUAGGCUCUUUAGCUGCAAUUGUGGCGACUGGAUUGAUUUUGGCUUGGGCAACACAUUGUGCUGUUUUGGGUGCAGUAAUUGCCCCAUUGUGUUAUUUGGGAGGUCCUGCCUUAAUUCGUGCAGCUUGGUACACAGCUGCGAUUGUUGGAGGCCUUUCUGUUACAGCAAUGUGUGCCCCGUCUGAGAAAUUUCUGAAUAUGGCUGGCCCUUUGGCUAUGGGAUUAGGAGUUGUAUUUGUUGCGUGUUUGGGAUCGUUUGCUUUUCCACCAAACACUGCAUUGGGAGCUGGACUUGCUUCGAUUGUUGUUUAUGGAGGAUUAAUUUUGUUUUCGGCUUUUCUUUUGCAUGAUACUCAACGUGUAAUUAAAAUGGCUAGUUCGCAGUCGGUCUAUCCAGUUGGUGGUCGAUUCAUGGGAAAUGACCGUUUUGAUAAUGGGAUGGUUCGUAAAUAUGAUCCGAUAAAUAGUCAACUCUCCAUCUAUAUGGACAUUCUAAAUAUAUUCAUGCGUAUGGCAAUGAUUAUGGGAGGAGGACAACGCCGAAAAUAA